UCGUCCUCCGCCCGACGAUUUCCCCACCUUCGUCCUUCCUUCUCUCCUUCCUCUCUCUCUCUCCCCUCCCUCUCUCUCGUCCGCUCCCGCGAGCCCGUGUGAGAGAGAUGGGGAGACGCCGAGCCGGCGGCGGGGGGCGCGGAGGAGGCCGAGGAGGAGAAGGACGGGGUGGAGGAGAGGAGGAGGAUCUGAAGCUGCACAAGGCUGCGAGGUCGGGUGAUGCGGCGGCGGUGGAGUCGCUUUGCGAGUCGGACCCUCUCGCCCUCAACUCUAGAGACCGCCUCUCCCGCACCCCACUCCAUCUGGCGGCAUGGGCUGGGCAUGUUGAUGUUGUGAAAUGCCUUUGCAAGCACAAAGCUGAUGUGGGGGCUGCAGCAAUGGAUGACACCGCCGCAAUCCAUUUUGCUUCCCAGAAAGGUCAUUUGGAAGUGGUGCGUGAGCUGCUGGCAUCGGGGGCCUCUGUGAAAGCAAAGAACAGGAAAGGUUUCACAGCGUUGCACUUUGCUGCUCAGAACUCCCACCUGGAGCUUGUGAAGUAUUUGGUGAGGAGGGGCGUGGACAUCACAACAAAGACAAAUGCAGGGCAAACGGCUCUACAUGUUGCGGAGAAUGAUGACGUGCGUGCUUUCCUGAAAGAGUGCGAGCAGUCACUGAAGAAGGGAGUGGAGCUACCAUCUGAGAAGAAGGAUGAUUCUGUAGCUGAGAAGGCUGAUGACGGCAAGGUCUCAGGUGAAGCUAGAAAAGAUGAUGCUGACGCAGAGCAGGGCGAGAAGAGGAAGAGUGAGGAGAUUGGUGCUGGGACGAGGCCGUCCGAGGUGAAGAAGGCCAAAGUUUCACUUGCGCAUCUUGAAAACGACAUGGAAGAAGAAGAUGAAGCAGACGAAUAGAAUCGAAUUGCCUCGAGAAUGCCAUUUGAUGGUGCCAACUUGUAUGCCGUGUUAUCCGUUGUUCUUUUGGCAAUUUUUGAAUGUUCACAACUGUAAGAAUUUUGGCUGUUCAUGGGCAUGCUAUCUGUAUCCGAGUUGACUAGUAGUAGUACUGUGUUUUUAUCAGGUAGUUGAUGUCUUGUUGAUGAUAAUUUACUAAUGACCCCCUUAAAAACAAGAUGGUUUUACUACUGUAA